UUUGAUCACUUUGGUCCCUUGCUCCACACACUCUCUCUCCCUUACUCCUACACAGCUCUGUCACUCACUCACACACUCAUACCGGCUCUCCCUGGGUAACAUCUUCACCAUCGGAGAUCCUCAGCGUGUCUGUGUUUUGCCAGGUGGACGUGGUGCCGUACUCCCUACAGUCACCAUUUCCACCCCGGAGAGUUCCACGCUGGCAGCGCAGCCCCUUCCUCGGCUGAGCAUCGGGCGGAAGACCCUGGUGGCAGCUGCCGUAGGGGUCAUGCUGGUCCUGGUUCUGGUGGUCCUCAUCCCUGUGCUGGUGAGCUCGGUUGGCACAGGAAGCGCAGACGAGAGUGCGAGCCACUACGAGAUGCUGGGCACCUGCCGGAUGGUUUGUGACCCCUUCCCCAGCACAGGGACCACCGGCACAGGCGUACAUCUGGGCACAGAUACAGUAACUUCAGCCCUGCAGGUGGACAACGACGCAGAUUUGGGUGAUCAUAGUAUCGGUCCGCCGCUGCCAACUUACAGUGCUCACGGCCCACAGGGGAAACCGGGGCGUCCGGGGAAGCCUGGACCCCCAGGACCUCCCGGAGAGCCAGGCCCACCAGGACCUAAGGGACCACCAGGAGAUAUGGACAUUGUGCGGACAGGGAUACUAGGUUUAGGGGGUAAAGGGUCAGUCAGCACAACCACUUACAAUACCACUCCUCGGGUGGCGUUCUAUGCAGGACUACGAAACCCUCAAGAAGGCUACGAUAUUCUGCGGUUUGAUGACGUGGUGACUAAUAUUGGUGGCAACUAUGAGGGCGCAACAGGCAAGUUCACCUGUAAGAUUCCUGGCACCUAUUUUUUCAUCUACAAUGUCCUGAUGAGGGGAGGAGAUGGCACCAGCAUGUGGGCUGACCUGAUCAAGAAUGGUCUGGUCAGAGCCAGUGCCAUCGCCCAAGACCAGGACCAGAGUUAUGACUACGCCAGCAACAGUGUCAUUCUUCAUUUGGAUGCAGGCGAUGAGGUUUUCAUAAAAUUGGACGGGGGGAAGGCUCACGGGGGCAACAGCAACAAAUACAGCACCUUCUCAGGGUUCAUCCUUUAUGCUGACUGAGGCCUGGACUGGACGUGGGCUCAGGGGUGAAAGGUCACAGAUAGAUGACAUUCACUUCUUGACUUUCACUGGUACUAAGGGUAAUGUUUCUCAUAGCCACUGAUCCUCACUCAGAGUGUUUUGAUAUUCCACGGUUGGUGGAGUAUGGUUGUGGAUCUGUGGUUAUAGGUACACUUUACCUCCUCAUCCAUAUGUUCCAUUGUGAUACAGGGUGCCUAUGCCAUUUUUUUCUGAUGGACAGUGACGGUGACUGCCAUGUGUCAUGCUGGCGCGUCGUAACAAGUCUGACCGUGCACAAGCGUCACCAUCAUUUACGAGCUGCCAUUUCAGGUUCAAGUUUGGAAAUCCACCAGUCGUGGCCACUGCAGUGUAUGUAUGUGUUGUAUAGAGUUAUUAUGAUGUUUGUAUAAGAUAUUGUGCUUCAGCGACUGAGGACAUAUAUUUUGUCACAAAAAAUUGGUCAAAUAUUGGAAAGCAGAAUGAUAUUUUGAUUGUCACAAAAUGUAUUGUGUCUCCAUGUGAUGAUUUGGGAAAAUCAUGUCAUAUUAGCCCAUGAUAUUUGGCAUUAUGUUAGUGUUUAAACUGUAUCAGUCUAACAUUGAAUCUUGCUGUCAAAAUACAGUCAAAAUAUUGUCAACUCUACACCUAUAAUGUGUCAGUACAAAUGUAGCUGUUGAUACAUAGUUGUACCAUUUAAUCAUGUAAUGGUUAAUGUGCUUAUUUGUAAAAGCUUCAUUUAUUUUAUCCAUGCAUGUCACACUUGUGAAAAUGUAUUGUUUGUUUCUGGAAAUGAGAGCCGAUAAUGAAAAAAUACAAUGAUUUUAAACAAAGCUGAAA